AUGUGGCAGGAGGUGGGAAUGGGGCUCCCCAGGAGCUUCCUGGAGGUCCUGGCUGCUGAGGUGGAGUGGGCGCUGCUGAUCACUCUCUGCUCUCUGGCUGCCUUCAGCACCCUCGGGGUCCCAGUGUCCCCCACGGAUUCUCACUGGCUGCUGUGCCAGUCCCAGGAGCGGUGCGGGGGGGAGACUUACGAUCCCCUGAAGUACUGCUGCCAUGACCAGGCUGUGGUACCCCUGUCCACAAUCCGGCACUGUGGCAACUGCACCUUCAUGAUCUGCUUGGAGCAGUGCUGUCCCGGCCAGCUGCCAGCCGUAGACACCCUUGUGGUGAAGAUCAGGGGCCGCUCGUGCAGCUCAGACCCGAAGCCAGAUGACAGGGUUUGCCACAGUUAA